AUGCUUGCCUCCAAGCAAGAAUCCGCGCCAGCACAACUCCUGCCCAAGGCCGAGUCUCCAGCCGCCAACAUCUUCUGGCCUUCGGCAUCCAACGAUCACCACGACGCACGACACUCUUUCUUCUGGGACGCAAACAAUCUCUCGUCCCACCUCAACGCUGUCACCGAGUCGGACCUCAAAGCUGGUGCCACCCCCAAGACCGUAUCCGAGCGCUUGCUAGAUCACAUCCCUGAGCGAUUCGGAGCCGACCUGCUCCUCGAGCUCAACCCUCAGUCGCUUGGCAACGGCGUCGCCCAACCUUCCAGCCCUCCCACCGCCACCACGGCCAGCGGCUCUUUGAUCUUCUCCUCCACCGCCUCCGGCUCGGCCUGUGACUCUUCGCCGGCGAUGAGCGCAAGCAGCAACUACCACUUUGAGACGCCCUCGCUGCACCAGAUCUCGGCGCUUGGGGCGUCCUUCUCAACCUCCUCUCCGAGCAUCGGCAGCGUUGGUAACGCGGAUGCCAGCAGCGUCAAGACCUCGCCUUCGCAACACAACCAAGCUUGGCACAAGGACGCCGCCGGUGCGACUGGCACUCACCAGCCAUACGGCGCGGGCCAGAACCAGUACGAAGACCACGACUACCAAGGCCACGGUAUGCACCCGGCCAUGUCGCAGUACUUCCACCGUGCGUCGAUAUCGGGUCCGCUCAUGGCCUCAGCCUCCCAGGCAGAGCGCUACGAGGAGACGCCGGCACCGGCGCCUCCGCGCUUGCACGGCCUGGCGGCCUGGGAGAACGCGUCGGGCUCGGCAAGGCCGCACACCGCCGACGGCAUGUUUGGCCAAUUUGGCGCGGUGAGCAUGAGUGCGCCUUCGCACGAAAGCUCGACCGACGGCUCGGCCAUGCCCAGCAUGGCGGGUGCCCAGUCGCGUCCCUACACGCCAGGCGGCGAUUCGGCGCACCUGGACAACUACUACCAGGACCGACGCAUGUCGAUGCCCGAUCCGAGCAGCGGAGGCGCAGCGGGGACGGGCAAGGUGUUUUCGUACAUGGCGCCCACCAACGAAGGCAGCAUGAUGUCGUCCGGCUCGCACGUCGGCAUGCCCUCGCACGGCUACGGCGGACACUACUUUGGCGGCGGCGGUGGCUACUCGGGCGCGAGCAAGAAGCGACCGCGCCGACGCUACGACGAGAUCGAGCGUCUGUAUCCGUGCAGCUGGGCCGGAUGCACCAAGAGCUACGGCACGCUCAACCACCUCAACGCGCACGUCGCCAUGCAGAAGCACGGGCCCAAGCGCUCGCCGAGCGAGUUCAAGGACAUGCGCAAGGCGUGGCGCAAGCAGAAGAAGGAGGAGGAGCAGCGCCGCCAGUCGCGUCAGCUCAGCUUGGGCGAUCAGGCACUCCGUUCGAGCUUCAGCGGCUCGGCCUACGCAGACAUGUCGGCGGGCCAGUCUGAGCUGCUGGGCGGCUCGUCCGGUGCGGCGUCGGCACUUCCCAUCGCCCCGCCUCCUGCGCUGAGCGGAUUCGGCGGUCAGCACGGCGGUUCGGCCGUGUAUGGCUCUGCACAGCUGCCGGCACCCAUGGCACACUUGAGCCGCUACAGCAUGUCGUCUGUCUCGGCAACCCCGACGGCCGAUCAGCCUUCCUACCUGAAUGGCGCCCCCGUCGAUUCGACCGCUGCUGCUUCCACCCAGUCUUCGGCCUCGCUCGGCACCCACGCGCCUCCGCUUCAGUAUCCGGCCGACACCAGGCUGCCUUAUUCGUCGGCGUCUCACGCCGGCAACGCCUACUCGAACUUUGGCGCCUACCUGUCCGCUCACCGCGGCAGCGCCUGA